GGAGGAGGAGGAGGAAGGCGCUGCCGCCACAUUAAAGGCACACGCGCGUCGCCUCUCCUGCAAGAUCGUGAUCACUUUCACGGCGCCGGAGCCGUAGUGAAAGGGUGAGACAGGCGGGGGGGGGGGGAAGACCGAGGAAGGUGGGGAGAGGAGAAGAGCAUCACUACGGUGAGAGAUGGCGGAGUGCGGGCGGAAGGCGCUGUCCCUCCUGGAAGCGGCCCGCUCCCGGUACGAGAGCCUGCAGAUAUCCGACGAUGUGUUCGGGGAGUCCGGCGACGACAGCAGCGACAACCCCUUCUACAGCACCUCCGGGGACUCCGACUCCGACAACUACAUAGCCGAGGUGGGCGAGGAGGAGCCGCAGCAGCAGCAGCAGCAGCAGCACCAGAAACGGGAGAAGGAGAGCGGACACAGCGGGGGAGCGGGCAGCGGCGGGGCCGGCCCCCCGGGCGCCCUGUCCCGCAGCCAGGCGGAGGAGGAGGGCUGGACGGAGAGCCUGCAGGAUGUCACCGUGCCGCCCUACAAAGACACAUACGGCCCUGCUCAGAAGAUGACCGCCACUGCCACGGCGUUGGACUUCUUCCAGCUCUUCGUCCCGGACAACUGCAUCCAGAACAUGGUCACCCAGACCAACAUGUACGCCAAGAAGUUCCAGGAGCGCUUCGGCUCCGACGAGGGCUGGCGCCCCGUCACGGCGCAGGAGAUGAAGGCCUUCCUGGGCUUCGUCAUCUCCACCAGCGUGCACCGCUGCGAGUCGGUGCUCAGCAUCUGGAGCUCGGGCUUCUUCAGCAACCGCAGCAUCGCCCUGAAGAUGAGCCAGUCGCGCUUCGAGAAGAUCCUCAAGUACUUCCACAUCGUGGCUUUCCGACCGUCGCAAGGGAGCAACCAGGGCCUGUACAAGAUCCAGCCCUUCCUGGACUCGCUGCAGCAGUCGUUCGGCUGCACCUUCAGACCCUCACAGACUCAGGUUCUUCACGAGCCUCUAAUAGACGAGGACCCAGUUUUCAUCACCACCUGCACAGAGCGAGAGCUGAGGAAGAGGAAGAAGAGGAAGUUCAGCCUGUGGGUUCGACAGUGCACGUCCACUGGAUUCAUCUGUCAGAUCUCGGUCCAUCUGAAGGAGGGCCAGGGCGCAGACGGCCUGGCCACCUUGAAGAACAAACCUCAGCUCCACAGCCUGGUGGCCAAGCAGCUCUGCCAGAACAUCUCCGGCAAGAACACCAUCGUCUUCACCGGGCCGUCCAUCACCAGCCUCAGCCUCUUCACCGAGUUCAGCAAGCAAGACAUAUAUUGCUGCGGCCUGCUGAGCACCAGAAAGAGCGACUGCACGGGCUUGCCGCAGAGCAUGCUGGUCUGCGGGUCCACGCCAGCGCAGCGCGGACAGUCGCGCAUGAUGAUGAAGGGCAGCAUGUCCCUGAUCAGCUGGUACAACAAGGGACACUUCAGGUUCCUCAGCAACGCCUAUUCCCCAACAAAAGAAGGAAUGAUCAUCAAGAGGAAAAGUGGCGAGAUCCCAUGUCCUCUGGCGGUUGAAGCCUUUGCGGCGCAUCUCAGUUACAUCUGCAAAUAUGAUGAUAAAUACAGCAAGUACUUUAUCUUCCACAAGCCCAACAAGACCUGGCAGCAGGUGUUCUGGUUAAGCAUUAGCAUUGCCAUCAAUAACGCGUACAUCCUCUACAAGAUGUCCGACGCCUACACGGUCAAGCGCUACAGCCGAGCGCAGUUUGGAGAGAGACUGGUCAGGGAGCUGCUGGAUCUAGACGACUGCUCCCCCACGCAGUGAGGGAGCGAGCAGGAGGAGUCUGGCCGAGACAGAAGGAGCGGCGCAACAGAAAACACACACAAACACGAUCCCACACCCCAUACACACACACACACCCGGUUGUACAGACUCCGCAGUCUGUGUCUUAUGUGGUAAUACUGAAGCAGUGCCAAGCCUGUGUGUGUGUGUCUCUCCGUUCCUAUAGUUUGUUUUAGUGGCUCUGUAAAUAUUCAUUAAAACACAGCUGCACACUAAACAGAGAAUCGUAAGCCAAGGGACACUUCACACGCCUCAGCCGCAACUAUUAACUUCACACAGAUUUACUAAGGAUUUGUCAGCCGGAGCUGUUCGACACGCAGAGACGGAGGAAGAAGCAGCGAAACCCGGAGGAUUUCGCUCCUAAAUGAUGUCACCUCCAAGUUCCCGAAACUGUUGAGACGGGCCUGAAUGAACACCCGACACCAUCGUCUUCAGGCUAAACGGCUACCUGUAGCUCGACGUUAACACUCUGCAAACAAAAAAAAAACAAAAAAAAAAAAAAAACACACAAACACCUGCGUCCCUGUAACAGAAACUUAGUAAACAAGGACUACGGUGUGUUCACAUGCUGCAUGCAUUAACAAUCUGGAUUGUGAUGUUCUAUUGUUCAGUGUGGAAAUGGUUUCUGCUCCAGGUGAGUGUUGAAAAAAAAUGUCUGUGUGCGUGUGCGUGCGUGCGUGUGUGUGUGUAUUUAAAUAAGUGGAACUGCCAUUUGUGUGCGCGACUUUGAGCCUGAGGAUGUAAACGUACGGCUAUUGUGACCCAGACGUGUUGUAUUGCUGCAUACUGUACUUGCAAGAGGGAGAUUGUAGAUUGAUAUAAAGCCACAUCGACCAGUGUGCCACCAGUUCAGCCCCCGAAAAGAAGAUCAGAUCGAAGAAAGCAUGGGAAAACCUUUCCCACUUAAGAGUUUACUGAAAGAGAAAAGUGUCGGUAAAUAAAUAUCUUUACUUAAAAGUACUUAGAAAAAGUAGUCCCUUCAUAAUUUUAAUGAUUAUUUUAUCUUUUUCUUUGAAAAUCCUCUUUAAUUCAUCCGAACGUAUUGCCUAACAUAUUCCAAAGAUCAAAACCCUCCUGGCCACGUAUGACCACAAAACCAUCACAUAAAUA